UGCAAAGUGGGAAGCGGGUUUCAAUUUCAAACCCAAACAGUCCGAGUGACGAUGAGCCAGUGGGUUGUGGGAUAACGUUAAAAUCAAAUAGUUAUCGUGUUUAGAAUUUGUAACGUUAUUCAAACAUAAACCAGAACGGUGUCGUUAUCACCGACCGUGGUUAACGUUAGUCCACAGAAUCCGCGGAAAAAAAAGUCGCCCGCCGCGUCUUCGCUCCAGUUUUCCGCGCCUGGUAUUUGGAUGACAAACCGACGCUUGGCUUGUUUGCAGCAGGUGUUGACCAAUCCGGACAUUGCACUACAUUAAAACUACUAGCUAUUGUGUUUUAAUUCAUAUAUCUGAUAUAGCAAGCCAUUUCUGCAAGAAACAUGCCGAGGUCCAACAGGCAAAAAGAAUACAAACCUGGAGAUCUUGUAUUUGCUAAAAUGAAGGGGUAUCCUCACUGGCCUGCGAGGAUUGACGAGUUACCUGAAGGAGCUGUGAAGUCCCCCUCAAACAAGUACCAGGUGUUCUUUUUUGGGACCCACGAGACGGCGUUCCUCGGGGCCAAAGAUUUGUGCCUGUACGAUGAAAAUAAGGAGAAGUUUGGAAAAGCAAACAAGAGGAAAGGCUUCGCUGAGGGACUCUGGGAGAUUGAGAACAAUCCCACCGUCACGCAUGAAGGCUACGAGUCAGCGAAGAAGGAAAACGCGUCAGAAGGAGCAGGGGAUACAGGCAGUUCAAAGAAAGUCGAUGCCGAGGGCAGCAGUGAUGAGGAUGAAGGGGCCCUGGUCAUCGACGAGAAGAACGAGAGGGCAGGAACUAAACGAAAAGCAGAGGAGUCCACAGAGGCAUCACCCAAGCGGCCGAAGGACACAGAGGCAGAAGGUGAUUCUAAAGUAGACUGCAACAAGUCUAACGUGGAGGCCAAGCUCAACGAUGUGACUGGACCCAAGGUAACUGCUCCCUCCUCACAGAGCGAGUCAAAAGCAGAGGCCCAGGAAAAGGCUCCAGCAGGAGGCCAGCUAACACCAGAUAAGCCUGUGACAGACAGCGCUUAACGUCAAUUCUCAGAAGAAAACCAAGAACCUUUGAUGCUUUUCUCUCUGGAAUUUAAGCAUCAACACGAUCAUUUGCAGGAUGCCAGCUAUCAGCUGUUUAAUUAAUAGGAGAAUUUUAAAAACCUAAGUGUUUGUAUUGAGAGACAAACAAAUCCUCAUUUGCCAUUUUUGGGAUAUCAUAUAUCCCAGAAACAAAACGUUUGCUAAUCUGAUUUCAAACAAUUUAACUGGGCACUUUAAUGCUCAUUUAUAAAUGGAUUUUGGUGUGUAUAUAUUUUUUAUUUCUAAGUGCAAUUACAUAAUUACGAAGACUGAAUGCUAGGUGUCAACAAAAAAAAUCAGUUCAGAGGGAAUAAAACACUGAAUGAAUAUAUAUAUAUAUAUAUAUAUAUAUAUAUAUAUAUAUAAGAUUAAAACCACAAAAAAAAUGUGAUGGUUUUAAAACGUAAAUAUUGUACAGGAAUAUGAACAAAUUUUCACCCAUGCUCUCAGCUUUAGUUCAGAAAUGACUUCCAUUUUUUUCACCUAGCUUAUCAGCCUCAUCUUAAAUCAUAUAUUCAGUUAUUGGAUACAUGAUGAAUUGCACUUUCAGAAUUCAAAAAAAAUAAUAAAGUCCUGCCCCAUUAAUCAUUGUAUUAUUCACUGUAUGACGUUUUUAUGCAACACAGGUUUUGUUGCUUUGGUGUCGUGAAUGCUUCAUUGCAAGUGACCAAACUACGUGAUUCAUUUUGCUAGAUUGAAUAUGUAAAGCCCAUUUGAGAAGAACUAUUGUAGGAUUAAAACAAUUGGUUUGUAAA